AUCAAUUGAGGCCGAGUCUCUUUCACAACUAUCCCAUUCUCUCCAAAACUCACACCACUCGCAACCAUGAGCGCCAAAGCAGACACCGAUAAGCCCCACUCUCACCAUGCAAUCCUCAAGGACAUCCCAACCGAAGACCACUUGAGGAACAUUGCAGCUCCUGGGGUCUCGUACUUCACACCCCUUCAGGACCCACCAGCUGGUACCGCACUUGGAAUGACCGAUGGCAGCUCAAAGAUCCCCAAGCUUUUCACCCCACUCAAGAUCCGUGGUCUUCAGAUGCAGAACCGCAUUGCAUUAUCACCGCUUUGCCAAUACUCCUCUCAGGAUGGCCAUGUCACAGACUGGCAGCUCACUCACUUGGGUGGUAUCCUCCAGCGUGGUCCCGGGUUGACCAUGGUCGAGGCAACUGCCGUCCAGUUUAACGGCCGCAUCACCCCUGAGGAUUCUGGCCUGUGGAAAGAUUCUCAGAAGGAGCCCCUCCGCAGGAUUGUUGAGUUUGCACACGGUCAAAGCCAGAAGAUCGGUAUUCAGCUUGGACACGCUGGACGCAAAGCAAGUACCGUCGCACCAUGGUUGAGUAAGGGUGAUAUUGCAGGAAAGGACGUGAACGGCUGGCCCGACAACGUCCACGCACCUUCUGCCAUCGCUUUCAACGACAAGCACUGCCAGCCCAAGGAGAUGACCCUGGAUGACAUCGAGCAGCUCAAGACCGACUUCAAGGCCGCCAUAGAGCGCGCGGUUUCGAUUGGCUUCGACUUCAUCGAGAUCCACAACGCCCACGGCUACCUCCUUCAUUCCUUCUUGUCGCCCGCAUCCAACAAGCGUACUGACAAAUAUGGUGGCUCGUUCGAGAAUCGCACUCGUCUGACUCUCGAAAUUAUUGACCUGGCUCGCGCCACUAUCCCCAAGGAUAUGCCCCUUCUUCUUCGUAUCAGUGCCACUGACUGGCUGGAGGAGGCUGGUAUCGAGGGCUGGACCGUUGAGCAGACCGUCAAGCUGUCCGAGCAGCUUGCUGAGAAGGGUGUCGAUCUUCUCGACGUUUCAUCCGGAGGUCUCCAUGAGAAGCAGCACAUCCACGGCGGACCUGGCUACCAGGAGCCAUUCGCUAAGGCCGUCAAGGACAAGGUCGGUGACAAGAUGCUUGUCGGUACUGUCGGAUCCAUCACCAAUGGCAAGCAGGCCAACGGAUACCUCGAGGAUGACAACCUUGACGUUGCCUUCGUUGGUCGCAUGUUCCAGAAGAAUCCCGGUCUUGUCUGGCAGUUCGCUGAUGAACUCGGCGUAGCGGGUCGCUGGGCAAAUCAGAUCCGCUGGGGCUUUGGAGGAAGGGGCAGGAAGUGAGUGCUUUAGCUUUCAUCAAGGACCAAACACAUUCCCUUCUUCGUUAUGAUAUCAUGAUUUAGUCCUGUACACCACGACAUAUACAAGAGGUAAAUUUGUAAAAGAAUUGGAAAGUAGAAGACUGUUCACGAAUUUCAAUUUUCUCAUCUGCAAAUCGUUGCGAUUCCAACUUCUCAUAUACCACUCCAGAUGCACUACUGACAACUUUGCUAGGGACCACAUCGUGAACAAGAAAGCGUUUGCGAACGAGGCUGUUUUCGUAGAGUACAAGAAGGACUAGAUACCCUAGAUGUCAAGAAUCACCGAAUAGAAAGCCUGUAUCCUGCUCGAUCGAGCAAAAAGUCUAUCAAA